AUGAUGCUGCAAGCGUUCCAUGCGCGCGCUCCGCUGCGACCUGCAAGCUGGAGUGGAGCAUUGCUGCAGCCUAAUCCAUACAGUGACCUAGAGGGCUCGGGCCAAAGCCCUGGCUUCAGCCGCCUGAUGUGCCAGGUGGAGUUUCGGAAGUUUCAGAAGCGAAAAGCUGGACACCGCGAGGUGCAUCGUGAGGACACAAAUGAAGAGGAGGAGAACAAGGACAAGGACAAGGAGCACGAGCUCAGCAUGCUCAGCAGAUCGGCCGUUGACGACAUGGAAAGUGACGAUGAGGAUGAGGAGGAGCCCACCUACUUGCAGGUGUCCGAAGGUGAGGACGAGGAGUUGGAGUCAGAGUCCCAAGACGAAGGUGGCCGUCGCCGUCGCCGACGGCGUCGCAGGCGCCGCAG